CCGAGCCAUCAGGCUACAUGUUUUUAUUGUCCCUAACAACGUGUCCUCUGGAUGAGGACAGCACCGCUCUGUCUGUCAGCAUGACGCGGACCAAUCACGGGGCUGAGAGCAGGCUUUAUAAACACAGCUGACGUCAGACGUCAACACAGUCCGAUCGGUCAUCUGCUGCACAAACCAAAGCAAAGCGCCUCCAUGCAGGGAUGGAAGUGGGAGGCAUCUUCACUAGCGCGCCGACCGACUCCAUCCCUGGCCCCCAGCAGCGCAGAGAAACCCCCCACCCUCCCGGGAACAUGUCGGCCGGACGCUGCGACGGCUCCUCYAAAGUCCUGCUGACUUACAAACACGCGUCGCAGCUCCUGAGCUGCUCCGGGAUCAAAGCGGGUUUGGGGAUCCUCGCGUCUCAGUGGAAACAGGAGAAGAAGACGCGCUCAGGCGCAGCCGCCAUGCAGCUGCCCUCUGCCAGCAGCACGCACCCGUGCAAGAGAUCCCCGCUGGAUCAGCUGGCAGCUGUGGUCCUCGGYCAAACGAGGACGUGCAAACUUGGUCAGCAAUCACUUCACUCCACCAAACCGCAGAACUGUAAACGACUCGUGGUUCUGGGUGCGCCGCGGGUUGGAAAGACCUCCAUCCUGAGGAGGUACCUCCGGGACGGGUUUGUGGAGGAGUACAACCCGACUUCAGAAGAUUUCCUCAGAAAACUGUUCCACAUCCGCGGGGAGACCUACCAGAUAGACAUCCUGGAUGCGUCCAGAGAGAGAGACUUCCCAGCCAAGCGGCGUCUGUCCAUUCUUACUGGAGAUAUCUUCCUCCUCGUGUUCAGCCUGGAUGACAGGAGCUCCUUCGUGGAGGUGUGCAGCCUGAGAGCCGAGAUACUGGCCGCUAAGUCCAAGCUCACCARGUCCCCGGUGCCAGAGCAGCGCGGGCAGCAGCGGGUUCCGCUCGUGGUGUGCGCCAACAAGGCGGAYCUCCUGGAGCCCGAGAGACAGAUCACCAGAGCCGAGGUGCUCCGAGCGCUCGGCGACGACUGCGCCUUUUUCGAGACGUCCGCAAAGGACAGCACCAACCUGGAGAAAGUCUUUGAGGCKUUGGCGAAGCGGGGGGGUCUUCCGACGGAGACGGGCCCGGACCAGCACCGCAAGGUGUCCCUGCGCUCGUACCAGGCCAUGCGGACAGAGCGCGCGGCGUGGACGGGGAGGCGGGUGGCGGGGCGAGACGAUCCCUGCGGGACUCUGUACCCACAGGCGCGCCGGCCAAGCUUCACCACGGACCUGAGACAAGUCACUGAGCCUGGUGCUGCAAGGARGGCCGGGAAAGGACUGGAGAAAUGUUACAUCCAGUGAGGCGCAAAAAGGACUUGAAACAAUAAAACAACACUUGAACACUUGUUUAAUAAAUGCUUUAAUGUUUAAAAUUAUACUCA